UUCUACACUUCUCCAUUCAACUUUAGACUGUAUAGUGUAGUGGCGCCCGGAUCCAUAAUCCCCAAUCGAGACUUCAAAGUAACCGUUGCCGUUUAUCACAUCAAGGAACCAGUCACCCUGAAACUUGCCAUCUCAGGAGAUUCGUAUAAUGCUUCACAGACCGUGGACCUACCCACGGACCGAGAGAUUAAAGAGGUCACCUUUAAAGUGCCUGACCUUUUCUCGGGUUACUAUGCGCUGAUGGCUGAAGGAGUGUCGGGGAUUAAGUUUCAGAACUCCAUUAGUCUUUACUACCAACACGAUGCUCCGGUGACCAUCAUACUAAUUGACAAGGACGAUUAUAUCCCUGGAGAUACGAUUAACUAUCGCGUUUUGGUACUAAAUGAACAACUUCGACCAGAUACUUAUGCCGAUGAUGUGGUUGUCUGCCUCUUGGAUCCCGAAAGGAACAAGGUCGAUAAGGCCAGGAAAAGCAAAGUGAGCGACGGAAUAUUCCGGGCAGUUUCAGUUGUCCAAGAAGACAGCUCUACAUUCACCUUUUUUUACGUAAAGCCCGAGGGGCUGCCAAGGUUCUCGGUUCAGAUAGAUACCCCAAAGUUUGUCAGUAUAAAGGAAAACGAGAUGAAGUUAGUGCUUAGAGCCAAACACUCAUAUGGCAACCACCUGAACGGAAGAGCUGAAAUAAAGAUUAAGUUACACACGGAGAAUAAAAAAGAUAACCUUUAUAAUCGCACAAUAACAGCAAAAGGUGCCGUGGUCAAAGGUCUGGCGAGCUUUCACAUCGAUCUGACCGACAUUGCCAAGCACAUAGCUCCUAUCCAGACCACAUAUAUAGCCACAAUAAAGGCGGCGGUGGAGGAUGAUGAUAGUGGGGAAGUAGUCACUAAGACUACAUACGUUUACUUGCUUGAAAAUCGCUAUAUUGUUACAUGUGCAGAUUAUUCAUGCCAAAGGCCGUGGAAAGAAAAGGACAACAAGGUUCUUAUAAGGAUUACAAACUUAGAUGGAUCUCUGGUAUCCGAAUCCAAGUCGCCGGUUAAGCUUAUUUACAGCGAAGGAAUCGAAAAAAUGGAUUUCUAUUUCAGGAAAUUGAGUGAAACUGACGAAAAAAAGCGUUUUGAGUUCGACGGCCAGUUGGAUAAAUCGGGACUUUACGAAUUCAAGGCAAACCUCUCUGAUUUCCCAAAAAAUUAUAAAUAUUUGGCAUACUACGAUAUAUCAGUGGCGUAUAAGGGCGAAGAACAUCGAAUCCAGCAAACAAUCCCACAAUCGAUGGGCUUGAUGAUAGAUGUGACCAAUGCUUACUUCACACCUCGGAUAGAUGUGGAUUUCUUCCUUCAGAUCCAUGGACGCAAGAAUGACAAAGGCUUCCCAGCUGCUUUGGUUGUUGGCGAUGAGUUCCGGGUGACCCUGAAUUCCAACGAACCCAUCAAGUACUUCAUAUACAACAUAGUUGCACGUAGUCUUAUCCUCCACACCGAAAGAGUUGAGUUCGACGAGCCCAAGACGGUUUACAACUUCACCUUGAAGGCUACGCAUCUCACAGCGCCCCAUUUCAAUAUCUACGCCUACUAUGUGGACGAUCAGGGUGUCCUUCAGCACACCAAGUCUCAAUACAAAGUUCUCAUGAGUCUUGCCAACGAAAUGAGUAUAUCUGCACCGAGCACUGGACAUCCUGAAGAAGACGUCAAGCUAAGAAUCAGAACGGAACCCAAUUCCUACGUCGGUAUCCUGGCGAUCGACGAAAGGAUUUCAGGGAGGAUAAAGACAGAUGUUAUAAAACAUGACAAUCUUGAUUAUCAUUUUUAUACAAAUAAACUGUCAACUGCUUUGUCUUUUGACAAGCCCCCAACGGAGCUUCCCAGGAAUCAUGAUAUAGACCUGUCCUAUUUGGAAGACCAAUUGGAGGAUGUCCAUUUGCACACCUACCAAGAUGUUCCCGGAUCGCGUCUGGGUUUAGUCACCAUGACCAACGCCCAGAUCAAGGAAAGAAUCUUUCGAUAUUUCGACAUGGACAAAGACGUAUCCGCGCGAUCGAUGUCGGCCAAAAAUGAAAAAUCUGCCCUACGAUAUCCCUUGAAACCUACGGAAACUUGGCUGUUUUCGGAAAUAAGAAAAUCGCAGAGCGAGGUGACGGACCUGGAAAUAAAGCUUCCCGACACCUUGGGCACUUGGAUAGUCAAGGGUUUCUCCUUGCAUCCGGAAAAAGGAUUGGGUAUCUUCCAAAGUAACCUUACACAAAUCAGGACAAUCAAGCCCUACUCGCUCUUCAUUCACUUGCCGUACUCAGUGAAACUAGGAGAAACGGUCAGGAUUCCGGUUCUGAUCGUCAACCAUUUACCCGAUCCUUUGAAAGUGGAGUUAGCACUGGACAAUGAAGCAAAUGGCUUUGAAGAUUCCUUGGAAUAUAGCCAGACACAACUCGUUGAAAUCGAGGAAUUCGGAGCCAAAAGCGUGUUUUUUAAAUUCUGCCCCAAGUACACAGGAAACUUUAUUCCACUCGAUUUUAGGGCAACCUCUUCAGUUGAAAACACUACUUUUUAUAACUCGCUAAUGGUUAUCGAAGGCAAAGAAAGAGACAUCGAAUACAGCAAUCGCGCCAUCUUAGUGAACCUAAAGGACAAUCAGGAGUACAGAAGCAGCUUCCAAUUUGACCAACCAAACUCCAGACUGGUCCAGUUUAGCUUAUUCACUGACCCCCUCGGUCCGAUCCUCCAUAACUUGGAUAGAUCAAUACCGCAUGGCACUGGCGAACUGACCAUGUCCAAAGUGGUAGUCAACUUUUUGGUGUGGAACCACCUUAAUCGAACCAAAAAGCUCGACGAAGCUUUGGACACCCGAAUCAAAGGUAACUUAAGAGAGGGCUAUCAAAAUAUACUGAACUAUUUGCACGAAGAUGGAAGCUUUAGCUACUUUGACCCUCCGAAAGCCAACGGAUCCGUCUGGUUAACCUCCUACGUCCUGCGAUAUUUGGGCGACAUUAGGUCACUCAUAUAUAUAGAUCGUACAAUUUUGCAAAAGGGAUUCGAAUUUCUGCUGAGCCGCCAGCAUGAAGACGGAAGUUUCACGGAGGAUUUCAAAUACUUCUCAAGAUCCGGCAGUUCUCUUUUCCUCACAUCCAGUGUCCUGUUGGCUCUCCAGAAACAAGCCACACCCAAUACGGUAGCCAUAAACAAGGCGGUGAAUUUCCUUAGAUCUCAGCUCGAUGAAACAACUGAAACAGUGUCAUUGGCCAAGUCGAUGGCCAUAUAUGCAUUGCAAAAGUCUCAGUAUCCGGAAUCUGAUAAACUUGUGUCGCAACUGAGAUCCGUGGCAAUGCAGGAAAAUGAUAAAAUUUGGUGGACAGAGGAUGUGCAAAACGGAAGUCCUCAAGAUGUCGAGGUCACCUCAUAUGCCCUGCUCGCCCUCAUGGCUUCGAAAGUGGAUAAGCCAGAGUCAGCAAUCAGCACCGUUCGAUGGCUCCUGGCCCAGAGAAAUAUUCAUGGAGAUUUCGAGUCCAGCCAGAAGACAGUUGUUGGUCUUACAGCUCUGAUUGAGUUCUCUGAAAAGUGGGGCUACCAGCAAAACGCUUGGGAAGUCAGCAUCAGCAACGAAGACAUAUCCGAAAGAUUAGUGGCGUGCAAUCUGUUGACCCAGACGAUUAACUUCCCUCUGGACACCAAACGCCUGGAGGUUCGGGCAAAGGGAACUGGGGCAGCUCUCAUCCAGAUUAGCUAUGGUUACGACGUCGAGGAGAAGGAGAAGGAGGCCAAUCCAAGCUUUGGUAUUCAGACUACGCUCAAAUCCGGCAGCUUGUCAUCGAAAAUGGAGCUAGUCGUGUGCGUGGAGUUCGUGGAGAGGAGCACAAAUGCCUCCAACAUGGCCGUCAUGGAGGUGUCCCUGCCCUCCGGAUACAGCUCGGAUAAAUCGAGCUUCAAGAGAAUUCGGGAUGUCGAAGGAGUUGGGUCCGUGGAUACCAAGAACGAAGACUCCGUUGUCAUCGUCUACUUCGAAAGUCUGGCUAGGAAUGAAAGCAAAUGCAUUCCCGUCGAGGCGUACAGAACACUUGAAGUGACCAAUCUUAAGCCUUCCAGAGUAGUUAUCUAUGAUAAUUAUGGCCGGAAGGCAACUGAAUAUUAUCAACUUAAUUUGGAGCUCGGCGACUUUAAAGGCACUUAAAGUUCCAGUUUCGAGUCCACAGCCCCGUAAAUCAAGCCAUGUCACUUUAAUCAGGGCACCACGCUUCCUAUAGCCCGCAUUUUUAUGGUACUACUCGAAGUUAAAUCCAAUAUACCUUAAUCACCUUCAAUGUCAGAUCGCAGAUAUGAAACUGCUGAGUCAGCAAUAAAUAUUUGUAAACAAUGGGUAUGGUUUAUCACAACCACUGUGCUUAAGGCGCGUGGAUGGUUUAGAAUUAGUCGCUCAGUGGUUUAGUGACUUAGUGACUGACUGAGGUUCAACCUGCCUGCUCAGACAUUUGGCCCAAAGACAUCGACAAUGCUUCUAUAUUUUCAAGUAGGUGGUAACUUUUAUCUGGUACGUGCGAUUUUGCAUUCCGAUAAGGCGCCGAGAUGAGUAUUAUGUCUAUUAUCAAUAAGUGGAACACGAGUGGGCGAGCACUCGAGUGACGAGAUCUAAUUAAUAUUAAUAACCCCUCUAAAUUUAGGCCCCGGCUCAUGACGUUUUCGGGGAAUGGUCAACGUGAGUGCGAUCGCAUAUUCGAGCGCCCGUGAAUGCUGAUCCUGCUUUACUUUGGUGCCGAAACCCCCGACAUCGAUGCGUGAAUGAAUGGAUGUCGAUAAGGGCGAUUAGAUCUCCUCGCCCACGAUAAUGCGAACGUGUACAUGCAGCUCCGACCACUCAAUAAUAUUGUAUAAUCCUUUAAGUCAACUGCAUUAGAAUGGGGCAGCCAAAAUGUUUCGCUGAUAACCCGAUAGCAAACAAAUUGUAUGCCAGUCUAGUGAUAGUCACAAAGCCAUUGUGAAGGCAAUAAAAACCUCAGUUCCGCAUAGUGCCUUGUAAUAGCUAAUGCAGGGCGGAUCGAUAGUCGCAAAAGGCAGUUCUCAUAAGGAAGAAUCCUUAAAAAUCCUUUGCAUUGAAAGCAAAAGGUUUUAUCCCUAUGGAUUACGAUUAAUAAGAAUCCUUAUAUAAGAUAUUCAAGUGAUUCCUGGCAAUUUCUAUAGGAAUUCAAAUAUCUCAUCUUAUUCUAGAAUUCUUAUGAAACUAAGUUAAAAUCAAGCUAACAACUUUUGUGAAGUUAAACUACAAUUCCCGUGAAUCUUCAUUAACAGUGUUUGUGAAAUUAAAAUUACUUAUUUCUUGAAAUUAAAAUUACCAAUAUCUUGAAAUUAAAAUUAACAAUUUCUUGAAAUUGCAAUUACAAUUUUUGUGAAAUAAAAAGCAAAGCAGCGCCACAAUGAGCGAUGAAAAAUCAAAACCAACCUCAGUGCUGCAGCAUAUAGAAUCGGCGCUAUAUGUGAUCAACCAGCUGUGCAUAGGAUUCGUCACCAUUUGGGUCAGCUGGACCUGUUUGCGACAGGACCUCUCGGGCACUCGCCUGCAUGCCUGGCUGGUUACCUUCGGAUUUGUGUUCCUGAUGGCCGAGGGAAUGAUGUGCUUCUACGACGGCAGCUGACUAACCGUGCGUUACUCCCGGAAAUACAAGACUGCCUUUCACGUGGUCCUUCAGAUCCUUGGAGGCGGCAUGGGCGUGGCCGGCUGUUUGAUUCAACUGAUACGUGACGAUUGGUCAGUCAGCGUCACGUUACAUGCUCGCCUGGGCUUCGCCGCCUUCGUCCUGUGCCUGGUCUCUUUGCUGAGCGGACUUGUCGCCUUCCUGGCGAGGUGUCUGAGCAGGACCAUCUCACCCUUGGUCAACAAGACCUUCCAUGUGGUCCUCAGCUUCGCCGCCUUCGUGAUCGCCAUGAUGGCGCAGUUUUACGGAUACACGAAGACUGGAAUUUUCAGGGGACAAGGACAGGAUUUCGUUGUCCUCAUGCAGGUCGUCACUAUGGUCCUAAUGGUCCUAACCAGCAUUGGCGCCAUUAAGUCGCUCUACCAGAAGAUUGGUAGCCUGGCCAGUUAGGAACGCCUGCCGUUUAUCCCUAAUUCUGUAUAUAGUGCACUUAAGCUAAGCUAGACUAUUUGCUAUUUAUAUAUUAAAUGAAUGUUAUCAUAAGGAUAAAUCAAAUGACUAAGAGAGAAAUAAAAAAUGACUGCGACUUAUUUACAUUAAAA